GAGAAAAGUAGGGUGACUUGCAAGAGGUGACAUCAUCCCUGAUUUGAAUAAACCCCAGGCUGGCCGGUGAUAGGCCGAGCCCGGAGCUCCUUGGCAGGUGAUUGGCUGGGCCCGGAGCUCCUUGGCAGCUCGCGCUUUCUCAUCCCUUUGAGUUCCACCGCGGCGCGCCUCCGUAGUGGUACAGUCCUCUCCUCGGUCCGCCGGUCUGCACAGUGUGUGUGUGUGUGUGUGUGUGUGUGUGUGCGUGUGUGUGGACUGCUAAACGCCGGUCCUUUCUUUCUUUGAAGAAGGAAAUCACGGCGGUUGUGGACCCCCGAAGUUUCCCGCUGACCCGGUUCGGUUCGUGUGUUUCCGGCCCGUUUCGUCGCCCUGUGAGGCCGCUUCGUUUCCGAGGGACACCGGGCGAACUGGGCGAGGCUGGACCGGCUCUGAGAGCUCCCCGCACGGCAUCGACUGACCCUGCUAGCGUCCAGAGAGCACCCAGAGCUCAGCCCCUUCCCCCAGCCCUGCAGAGACCAUGAAGCCUGACGGGGUUGCCACGGCAGCGCUGGAACCAAUGGAAGUGCUGGAGUCCAACGAGGUUAACGAGGCGGGGCCACCCGCCUCGGGGGAGGAGCCUAGCCAGGCGGCCAGCCCAUUGGAGGAGCAGACAGGACCCCCGCCGAUAGAGCUGGUUGAGGGGGAGGCCCCACCGAAGGUCCCCACCACCAAGACCCCCGCCGACCCCAAAGCCAAGACCGCCGGCAAGGCCGGGGCCAAGACCAAGCCCGGGACCGCCGCCCCGGCCAAGACCGCCACCGGCUCGCGGCCCGGCACCGCCCAGAGCCGGCUCAGCAACGGAACGUCCAAGACCAACGGGGUGGCCAAGAGUGAGGGCGUGGCCAAGACCAACGGGGUGGCCAAGAAGACCACCCCCCCCGCGGCCGACAAGAAGACCGCCGCGCCCGCCAAGAAACCAGCGGGCUCCACCGGCGCCCCGGCCACCAAGCCGGCCCCCAAGCCCCUGGAGAAGAAGCCGCCAGCGACCGCUCGCCCCUCCAGCGCCCUGGGCCCCAAGAAGACCCCAACCACUGCGCCAGCCCCCAAACCGGCUGCCGCGCCCGCUGCUAAGAAGCCAGCAGCUCCAACCAAGUCCAGCUCAGCUGCCUCGCCCAAGCCAGAUAAAGCUCCUGUUGCCAAGACAACCAGACCGACUAGCGCGAGCCGCCCCUCCUCGGCCUCCACGCGGGCCCCAGGGACUGGCCCCGCCAAGACUGCCACCCCCCCGCCCAAACCGGCUCCAACCAGGACCUCCACCACGCCCAAACCAGCGGGCCCCAAGACCACCACCACGCCCUCUGCUGGCAAGACCCCGGCGCCACAGGCAGCCAAGACGGCCACGCCCAUCAAGAAGGAUGUUUCCAAACCCUCCACCCCGGCGGCCAAGAAGCCCGCCGCCGCCCCCCUCACACGCCCCUCCCCCGCCGCUAAAGCCACCAAAUCAGAGCCCCCCAAAUCCUCCCCCAAACCGGACGCCGCCGCCAAGAAGCCCGCCGCGAGCAAGGCUGCCGACAGCAAGACGGCCCCCCGGCCCAAAACGGCGGAGGCCCGGGCCGCACCCUCCAAGACCCCCGGCCCCAAAGCGGCCAAGGCCAGCCCCAAGAAGACGGUGGGCAGUAGCACGCCCACCCCCGUGAAGCGCGGGCCCAAGGGCGUUGCUCCCGAGACCGCAGGGGAGAUGGAAGCGGCUGGGGUCACCGUCGCUGUCGCGGCUGCGGUCGCUACAGCUGCCGCCGUCAUGGGCGGAGCGGAGGAACCCGCGCCCUUGGCAGAACCAGAGGUUCCUGUCGUAGAGGAGACUGCCACGAUGACAGAAGGCCUUUCAGCGGAACCCACCUUGGAGAUCAUCGCAGAACCGGCCUUAGAGGCCACCGAACCUGCCAGAGAACCUACACCAGAACCUGCAAGAGAACCAACACCAGAACCUGCAAGAGAACCAACACCACAGCUGAGGGAAUCAACUCCAGAGCCCAUGAGGGAACCUACUCCAGAACCAGAAAGAGAACCAACUCCAGAACUCUUGAGGGAACCUACUCCAGAACCAGUAAGAGAACCAACUCCAGAACCCAUGAGGGAACCAACUCCAGAACUCUUGAGGGAACCAACUCCAGAACCCUUGAGGGAACCAACUCCAGAACCCAUGAGAGAACCAACUCCAGAACCAGAAAGAGAACCAACUCCAGAACUCUUGAGGGAACCAACUCCAGAACCCAUGAGGGAACCAACUCCAGAACCAGAAAGAGAACCAACACCUGAACUGAGAGAACCAACUCCAGAACUCUUGAGGGAACCAACACCAGAACCCAUGAGGGAACCAUGUCCAGAACCAGAAAGAGAUCCAUCCCCAGAACCCUUGAGGGAAACAACAACAGAUCACUUCAGAGAAGCGACCCCCGAGCCCACUACGGAGUCAGCCUAUGAAUCCAACGAGGAUCCAGAAGGGGCCUCAAUGCUCUCGCUCUCGUCCCAGAUGGACAUGCAGUACUUCGGCACGUCGCCCGGCGUGUCGGCCCCGUCUCUGGGCACCACGGUCAUGUCUCCGCCCUGCUCCCCCCCCGGCCUGUCCCCCGUCCACCAGGCCCAGAGCCCCCCCCCUGAGCUGGACCUGAACGCCCACUCAGACCCCUGGGGGAACCGCCCCGCCCAGGCUGCUGAGGACCUCCGCAUGGACCAGGUCCUCUCCGACUCGGAGGAGGACGAGAAGUUCAGAGAGAAGGAGGAGGAAGAGGAGGACGAGAAGGACUUCAUCUUCAGGCCCGGAGGCCUGGGGGAGUCUCCUCCAGGCGACCUUCACAUGGAGCUGCAGCCCCCCAUGACGGGAGCCGCUCACACGGACCACUUCAGCUCCCUGAUCUCCCCCCGGGAGAAGGAGGUGGAGGUGGAGAAGGCGGAGGAGGAGAUCAACGAGGACAAAGACGCCGGCGAGGACGAGGAAGACGAGGAGCAGCGGCGCCUGGGCCACCAGCCUGCCGACGACUUCCAGGUCGGGGCCUUCGGCUGCGGCGGGGGGUCGGCCGGUUGGCACGGCGACGACCUCCUGUCGGGCAUGGAGUCGGAGGACGUGAGCAGCAGCUGCGCCAGCAGCCGCCAGCAGGGGGUGUCGGACCUCAGCAGCACCCAGCACAUGGCACUGCUGGACGGCACCCAGAGCUCGGACGCCCUGGUGGACAGCAGCCUGCGCGGCUCGGAGGGCGACGGCGGCUUCAUGGGCUCGCCAAACGUGGAGACACUGGCCGGGGAGGAGGACGAGGACGAGGACGAGGAGCGCAUGGACGAGAUGGACGUCAGCUCGGAGCGCGCCGAGGGCCAGCGGCACCAGAAGGACUUCAGGCAGCAGGAGCAGGAGGAGGAGGAGCAGGAGGAGGACGAGGACGUGGAGAUGCACAGCGAGGGCGUGACCGAGAGCGGCCUGGAGAGCUGCGAGAACGCCGACGAGGACGACUUCAACGAGGGCGAGCGCCUGGACAACCUGAACCGCGGCGGCGCCCAGCCCGCCCUGUCCCCCGCCUCCGCCUGGGGCCAGAACAACCCCUUCGCCGACCCGUGGGCGCAGCCCGCCGUCCUGGCCGCCGCCGCCCACAGCCCUGGGUCCGACCGCGGCGCCGCCGAGGACCAGACCCCCACCCGGGGGUCCCCCGCCCGCUCCCCGGCCCAGGCCUGGCUGGGCGCCGGCGGCCCGUCGCUGGCGCCUCGGUCUGAGCUCCACGGCGCGCAGGAAGAGGAGGAGGAGGAGCAGGCCCAGGAGGAGGCCCUCCUGGCUGCCCCGCCCAUGUCCCAGUCCUCCACCCUGAGCGGCGCGGCGCUGGCGGCCCACAGCGGCAGCGAGACCAGCACCCCGGAGGAGCUGCACGACUACGACAGCAGCUCGGGGGUGGAGUCGCGCUCGGACAAGCAGCAGACGCCCGUCCCGUCGGCGCAGCACGCCGACCUGGACCAGGACCUGGGCAUCCAUCUGGAGAAGGGCGACGGCGAGGAGGAGGAGGCCGAGACGCUGCCCGCCGACGAGGUCAUGGGGGCGGGGCCCCCCACCGCGCCAGCCUCCGGCCCCUCAUCGGUCUCUGCCUCCGGAGACGAGGCCAGCGACGCAGAGGGCGAGAUGCACAUGAAGGACGCGCCCGCGGGCGGCGACCCCGCGGCCCUGGAGGAGGAGGACGGGGGCGGGGCCACGCCUCAGUCGGCCAACUCGGUGGCGUCGUACGCCUUCGACUGCACCAACUCCAACUCCAACGCCCACUCCACGGCCGAGAGCUGCGGGAAGAGCCCCGGAAUCUUCUCCCUGGAGAACGAGGACCAGCUGCCGGAGGAGUGCAGCCCCGCCCUCAUCACGGAGAUGACCCUCACGCCCGGCGCCGCCCAGGGCCCGGACCCCCCGCUGGGCCAGGACCCCCCGCUGGGCCGGCCCGUGGACCUGCUGCCCCUAGGCCACCCCGCCGAGGGCCUGGAGCAGAUCCACUUCGGCCUGGGGGGGAAGGGGGUGGAGCCCAGAGAGCACCACCUGCUGGGGGAGGAGGAAGACGAGGAAGAUGAGGAGGAGGAGGAGGAGGAGGAAGAGGGGGAGAAGGAGGACCCCUACUACUCCACCACCAUCUGUGAUAAGACUGAUAGCUUUCUGGCAGGGGAGGAAGACCACCUCAACGAGGAAGAGGAGGAAGACCAGCCCAACCGACAUGAAGAGGAGGAAGACCAGCCCUACCGAGAGGCAGAGGAGGAAGACCAGCCCCACCGAGAGGAAGAGGAGGAGGAAGAGGAGGAGGACAACCACCACGAGGAAGAGGAGGAGGAAGACGACAACAAAGACGCAGCGGAGCUAGAAGAUCAGGAGCGGCUCACCGGCGCUCAGGAAGACCAGCGUAACCACAACCGCCUUCCCGGCCUUCCAGGCGUUCCCGUCGUCAACAGCCACUACCUUGCGCAGGUUCCCGGGAACCGUCGGCCCAUCGACCCCACGCUGGCCGCCCACUUCGCCCGGACAGCCCCUCCCCCUCCGCCCUACGCCCCGCCCCCCUGUGGCGGGCAGCAGAGACAGCAGGAGCAGGAGGAGGAGCGGCGCAGCAGGAGGUGGCAGGAGGAGGAGGAGCACCUGCGCGCGGUGCAGCAGCGGCAGCUGGAGCAGCAGCGCCGCGAGCUGCUCCAGCUGCAGCAGCAGCAGCAGCAGCUGGAGGCGGGCCGGCGCCGGCAGCUCCUCCAGUGGCAGCUGGAGCUGGAGCAGCAGUACCGCCUGGCGCAGAGCCGCCGCAGCCCACCGGGGGCACUGUCACCCUCCUCCGGCCUCUGCACCAUCUACGAGGCCAUGGAGACGGGCGAGGAGGGGGAGGAAGCGGGGGAGGAGGGGGACAACCUCAAUGCUGCGGACCCCCGGCCCCGCCCCCCCCAAGAGCUGGAAUGGAACCGGCGGGUGGACCUGGUGCAGCAGCUCAUCAACCAGACCCUGCUGCUGUCAGGGGGGGCGGGCUGCGUGGCCCCCCUGCUGCUGCUCCCCGUGGGGGGUGGUGGCACCCUGAGCCCCCUGGAGGCCCGCCUCUGGCCCACCCUGCUGCCCCACUUCAGCUCCGCCCCCUCGGCCAGCGUGACCUCGGUCAGCUGCUACUCCCCCGACGGCGGCUGCCCCGGGGGCGACUGGACCGUGGUGGAGGUGGAGACCCAGCACUGAGGGCAUGAGAGCACUGAUCAGUCAGCCGCUCAGCCAAUCACAACAUGUAUAGAUAAAGGCAGUCAAUGAAUCGACUGAUGAAGUAAACAAUCGACCGAACCGAUCAGAUGGUCGUCUGUGAUUAAUACGAUGCAGCUUAAUCGUUAUUUGGCCCAAAGGACGGCAUUAAAUAAUAAUAAUAAUAAUAAUACAUUUAAUUUAGAGGCGCCUUUCAAGACACCCAAGGUCACCUUACAGAGCAUAUAGUCAUCAUAAAUCGUUUAAAAAAACAAGACAUUGGAUCAGGGUUACCGUGAUGCAAGUAUUUAAAUCACCGUCACUGGUAACUUUUAGCACAUUUAAAAGCCUAAAACUGAAUCAUGAUCCCCUAUUCUGGUGAUUAAUAAAUAUUAUAUUAAUAAUAAUAAAAUGUGGUUAGUCCUUACGUAAUUAUGACAACAUAAGCACAGUCCAUCAAAGUUACGUUGCAAAAUACGAAUCAAGUUCUUCCUAAACUCUGUUUUUUCUACAGGUAUGUUACUUAUAAGCUAUCAUUAAUUAUUAUUUAUAUUUAAUUAAUUUGUAUUCUGUGGAACCGUGCCGGCUUCGACCAGACAACCCUUUAAUGAUGUCCGACUGUUGGCCCCCCGUAGCUAGCGACCAAAUAGUCCCCCAAGGGACCCAGCUGUGACUAUUGCACUUGUUAGACUAUUUAUUCGAUUUUUUCUAUCCGUUUUAUUUGCGGUCUUCUUUUCACCGGUAAAAGUCCGUUCAUCGUCUGUUUUAUAAACGAGCUCAGGGUUGUAUAAAGAACUGCUAUAGGAUAAUACUUUAGGAUCGUUAGGUGCAACACGGUGUCUGACUUUAUUUAAGUGUGUGUGUGUGUGUGUGUGUGUGUGUGUGUGUGUGUGUGUGUGUGUGUGUGUGUGUGUGUGUGUGUGUGUGUGUGUGUGUGUGUGUGUGUGUGUGUGUGUGUGUGUGUGUGCGUGCGUGUGUGUGUGCGUGCGUGCGACUGAGCAGGGGUGGGAGGGAAAGUGAGAAACCCGAAACAGGACUGGGUUGUUCAGCCUUCACGGUGGAGGAGAGAGCAUCGAGGAGGAGGAGGGGGAGGAGGAUGUACCGACCACCACGUGGCUUGAUGUGUGUGCGCGUGCGCGUGCGCGUGCGCGUGCGUGUGUGCGUGUGUGUGCGUGUGUGUGCGUGUGUGUGUGUGUGUGGAGACACCGUGGCAUUCCAAAGCUGGAAGCUCAUUUCCGGGGUCGUCGCUCUUUAAUGCGUUUCCGAGGUUACGGAUGAUGUCAACGGCGGCGGAGAGAAAGGAGGACGUGUGAGAUGGUGACACUGGGAACCAUUCAGCCCAGCAGACGUUACCUUGUCACCAGUAGAGCAGCCGGCCUGGCGACUGACUCAUGUUGGAGGAACUCAGAGUUUGAUCAGCCAGCGUUGGCCAAUAUGCACUGAUCGCCAAAUUAUUUAUCUUUUUAAAUGAUUUACUAUUUUAUAAAUGUUUUAUGAGUUGUUUUAAAACAUACAAUAAUAUCAUAAAUAUGAAAUAAUAAUAAUAUUAUAAGCCAUAUAUUAUAGAGCACGUAUAAGUGUGGUUUUAAGAGUUUAUUGUGAAUAGAUUUUCUACUGUAACGUUCGUCAAUGCACCUGCAGCGUCCUUUUGUUCCUGUGGCUCAGUAAGUAGCAGCAGCGCCCCCUGCUGGCAGUGCUGGGACUCUGUGUUAAAUAAUCUAGUACGAAUAAUGCAUUAUAUUCAAACGUAUUUAGUUUAAUCUAUGUUGCGUUUUCCUGUUCUAUAUAAGUAUUGUAUGGAUCCUAAAUUAUUCUCUGCAUUAUGUGUGCACUUUUGUCGCCUGUGUCUGUUUGAGUAGCAUGUCAGUUUUAACUAGUCUGCUGGUCUGCAUGCAUUCAGCAUAUCAUUAUGUUUCUGUAUUUUUAAAAAUACCUUAUACUGUCGGAUUUAAAGUUAACAAGGCUUCCGAACAUAUGCACAUAUCUGGGAAAAUGUAAUAAUAUAUAAUACAUAUAUGUAGGCUCAUCAAUAAGAAAAUGAAUACAAAUACAAAUAUAUAUUUAUUUAUAUAUAUAUAUGACUUAUACAUUGGCCAUUGUUUAGAGGCUUAUAUUCUUAAAAGACUCCAAUUACGAUCAUGUAUCGAGGGUUACAAAUUUUAAAUAAAAACAUUGAGUUAUCUAUCUUUAAUUCCGUACAUUUAUUAAAAAUAACUGAAUGUAAUGGGAGAAAGGAAAAUGUCGACCCAUGAAAUGAAAUUAAUAAAAUAAUUAGUUUCAAAGGGGUUUUUGACGUGUAUCACUUCUAGUCCCAUUUUAAUAUGUUUCAAUUAGCUUGAGUGAAGCCAAUAAAGGGUUAAAAACGGAUUAUUGUUCUUCGUCGUUGGUUGUUCAGGUCCUAAUUAGGUUUUCGCUGCCGGUAUGCUAACCAUGAGGCCACUAAAGGCUAUCCUUUUUAUCGUUCUAAUGGAUCGUCUACAAAUCUAUAACCGUUAUUAUUAGGGAAAUGUGUCUUGUGAGCAAAUCAACCUCAACAUCAUUAUUUAACCUCAACGUAUAUUAUCCGUGUGUUUGGAGGUUUGAUCAUUUGCAAUAUCAAUGGAUGCCAAGAGAGAGAGAGAGAGAGUACCACAUGGAUGCUUUGAAAUGUUGACUGCCCCAGACCAAGUCAGAGGGACCGGGGCCCCUGAGCGUGGGGCUCCCCAGGCCCCGGUGAGACCAAGAUGGAGAAGGGAAAAUUGGGAGAAGAUCAACCAAUCAGGUGGGGGUAGGAGAGGUCACGAUGAGGUCAGCGCUACGCAGGAGGUCAAACAGGAAUAUGAUGAAUUAUGAUAUAUAGGACAUUGAUAUUUAGCAUGGGUUAUUAAUGAUACAAUGUGUAUCAUAAAUAUGUCUGGGGUCUAAAUAGUAUUAAUGCAGCCGUAUGAAAUAUGCAUAUUGUAUAAUAUGUAUUAUCAUGCAUAAUGGUUUAAUACAGAAUGUUGUCUACAGGUGUCGCCAGAUACACUUUAUUAAAAUAAAACAAUCGUGUUUUCCAUGCUUCCUGACGACAGCUAAAUGAUAUAAAAUGAAAGCUCAAGUUUCAGAACUAUCAAUAUAGUAGCAUUGUACAUGUAUAACAUAUUUUGGAAGAUCAUUGAUUAUUGUCAUCAUCCCAACUUCAUAUUUCGAUGUAAGCAACCAUUAAUUUAGUAUGAAGUAGUCUAUGCAAAUAUGUGUACCAGCCCCGUGUGAGCGGUAAAACCAUUAAUUAUAUCAUGUUAUCAUGAGGGACAGGAAAAUACAACGAUGAGAAUUUAAUGCUCUAUAUUUGUGCUGGGACAGAUUACAUUAUUAAAGGGAUUGUUAUUCAUCUAA